UGAGUUCAGUCCGCGAAGGUGUAGCUCAUGCACUGUGUCGUCUGUCCCCUAAUCUCCAGCCUAUCCGUCCAAUUCCAAGUGUCUUCAUCAAAUACCUAUUAAAAUAAAAUUACUGGUUAAUUGACAAUCGACAGCCGAAUGAUAUCGGUCGAGCGGAAACACAUUCCACGCCUCCAACAAGUGACUCUGGGUGAUAAAUCAGUGAAGCGUUGACCAGACAAGAAUUUGUUGAAUAAGUGGAUAUCACCGGGAGGUGGACGGAUCCGCGAUACACGAAGUCGACGUAAUCCAGUUGAGGACUUGCGGAAUAUCCGACGAACGUGACUUACACCCUGUAUUCGUCAUCUUCUCGCUUGAAUCAUAAUCAUUAGACGGGAGAUAUUGCAAGUCAUUUCGGUUGCUCCAUGCAAAACGGGGUGUCUGGCUUUGGUGAAGACUGAGGUAAACAUUGGGUGUUGCUGGAAGUAAAUACGGAAGGGACACACGCAGUGGUGAUCGCGGACAAACGUGAUGCGCAUAGCAGUCUCUGCCUCGUGUUAAUAAACGAUGGCGGCGAUCACAAUAAUCGGAUGAAUUCAAUGGAAGUGUGCGCAUAUUCUGGUGCCCCAUGCGUGAUAAGAUACCUACAUUGGACGAGAAUAUUAUUCGAGAGUUAUCAAGUGUUAAUGCUAUCAAUAAUUUAGCGGCAAAUUGUGUUGAAGGGAGUUAUUAGAAUAAUCGUUGCGCCUGAGUCUGUUAAUCCGGUUGACUGGGUUUAAUGAAGGAAUUAUUGAGAUGGAUGCCGGUAAACAAUUCGUCCAUGAAAAUCCGAGAACCAAGGCGAAUAUAUUCGCUAUUUUACUCUGGACAUGGACCUUGAAAUUCUUCAAAACGGGUUAUAGAAAAGUACUGGAGCCCACGGAUCUCUUCGAUCCAAUACAAUCCGAUAGAUCGGGUAUUCUUGGUGACAGAUUGGAAAGGGAGUGGAACAAAGAACUAGAGAGAUGCAAGACGCGCAAGAAGACCCCGAGCUUCCUCAGGACGAUAUUGCGGUGUUUUCUGUGGGAGUAUUCCCUUCUCGGGAUUCUCCAAAUUUUCAAUGAAUUUUUUUUACGACUGGGCACCCCAAUGCUCCUCGGAGGACUCCUCCGUUACUUCCGCGCCGAUGACGCGAACCGCUCUUUCGAUACAGCUCUGAUGUUCGCCGCGGGAAUUUGCGUGGCCACCGCCCUGAACGCAAUAACAAUAAACCAAGCGGUCUUCGGUGCUUUCCAUAUCGGUGGAAAAAUCCGAAUAGCUGUGUGUUCAGUAGUCUAUAGAAAAUCCCUCCGCCUGAGUAUAACAGCCCUAGGAGAAACAGCCCCCGGAAAAGUAGUCAACCUCGUAGCCAACGACGUUAAUCGCUUCGACAUUGUCUCAGUAUUCAUUCACUACAUGUGGUCAGCUCCACUAUCUGCCAUUAUUAUCGGAUACUUCCUCUACGUGGAAGCCGGCUACGCUGGAGUCCUUGGGAUUGCCGCCGUGUUCAUAGUAGUUCCUAUUCAAUCCUAUACCGGAAAACUUUCAUCGAUCUUUCGUCUCCAGACAGCCAUAAAGACAGAUGAACGAGUUCGUUUGAUGGACGAAAUAAUCUCCGGAGUACAAGUGAUUAAGAUGUACGCCUGGGAGAAGCCGUUCUGCGCGAUGAUCGAAUUGGCGAGACGCCUCGAGCUCCGAGUCGUCCGCAAAAGCUCAUGGAUUCGGGGUAUCUUCAUGACAUUCAAUCUCUUCACAACCCGAAUGGCGAUCUACUGCACGCUCGUUGGUAUGCUCUUCUUCGGCCAGCCACUGACAGCGGAAAAGGUCUUCGUCUUCUCCUCGUACUUCGCCACUCUCUCCCAGACCAUGUCCGCCAUGUUUGUUCGAGGUGUUGCUGAGAUUGCCGAGUGCAUGGUUGCGGUCCGCCGUCUCCAGCACUUUCUCAUGUACGACGAAUUCCAGAUCCUGGAGAAUCGAACGGUUUCUUCGGACUCAGCUUCUCCUUCCAAAUCGCCUAAGCCAGAUGUGCCUUUUAUCGAUGAAGAUAUCGUCCAGGAGAGUCGUGAAGCCCCCGCCAAACGAAAUGGUCUGGCAUUGGUGGCCAGUGAUCUGGUAAAGAACACCGCCAAUUACGUUGCGAGCCAGAAUCCAGGGCCAAAGAUGAGUCAUAUCGCUGUCUCCCUGAAGAAUCUGACAGCCAAGUGGGAGCCGGAAGUGCCUGAGAACAUACUUGAAGAGUUAGAUGUUGAUAUUGAAAGAGGGAAGUUGUACAUUGUGAUCGGUGCCGUUGGAUCUGGCAAGUCCUCCCUCAUAUCAGCCAUUUUGGGAGAAAUGUACAUAGCUGGAGGGCGCGUUGACAUCAAAGGCGGUAUCAGCUACGCGAGUCAAGAGGCCUGGGUGUUUGGGUCUACAGUCCGCCAGAAUAUUAUUUUCGGACAGCCUUACGAUCGUCAGAGGUACCAGAGGGUUAUCAAGGCCUGCGCCCUGGUGAGUGAUUUCAAACAAUUCCCUCAAGGGGACCAGACAAUAGUAGGGGAGCGAGGGAGUUCUCUGUCGGGAGGACAGAAAGCCAGGAUAAAUCUUGCCAGAUCCGUCUAUCGUCAGGCAGAUGUCUAUAUUUUCGACGAUCCUCUGAGUGCUGUUGAUACUCACGUUGGGAAGCACCUGUUUGAGGAGUGCCUUCAGAGGUAUCUAGCCGGCAAGACGAGAAUUUUAGCGACUCACCAGCUGCAAUUCAUCAAAGGGGCUGACGCCAUUCUCCUAUUGGAGCACGGGAAGCUAGUCAGAUUUAACAAUUACAUGGAUCUCUUAGCUGAGAGGCCGGUGUACGCUAGUCUCCUGGCGUCUGACUCAACGUCAGAAACUGGGGAUGACUCGUCUAUCGAGAAAUCAGGCAUGAGGAGACAGGUAUCGACGAGUUCCACCAGGAGUCGAACUCCGGAUAUGUCAGGGGGGGACACUGACGCCGAGGAAGAGGACGAUGAUGCAGAAGCCGAGAAUGUUCUUGAAGGAACGUCCAAGGGGAUCAUAAAGGGUUCGAUCUAUGGGAAGUAUUUCAGGGCCGGCGGUAACUGGUGUUUCAUUGUCACCGUAGGAUUUUUGUUCUUCCUGUCUCAGUUUGUAGUUACCAUCAAUGACCUCUUCUUCCCAAAAAUGGUGGACUUUGAAGAAAAUCGUCAUCAUGAAUUCGAGUUAGCCAGGCGAAAUUCCACAGGCAACUUCACUGACACCGAAUAUCCGAUAUCACCGGCUUAUCCAUACGUCUACAUUUACACAGGACUAGUACUCUCAAUUUUCGUAAUCGGAAUAACGAGGUCGUUCAUGUUCUAUGGGCUUGCGAUUGGUGCGUCGCAGAAGUUACAUGACAGAGCGUUUGGUGCGCUCAUUAGAACCGGAAUGAGGUUCUUCGAUACAAAUCCCAGUGGGCGAAUUCUGAACAGAUUUUCCAAGGACAUGGGAGCAAUCGAUGAACUUCUACCAAAAGCUCAACUGGAUGCCGGUCAGAUCAUCAUGAUGAUGUUUGGAGCAUUGGCCGUAGUGUGUUAUGUCAACCCUAUGUUCAUAGCUCCCCUGGCUGUAAUGGGCCUGAUCUUCUACGGGAUCCGCAAGAUCUACCUGAAGACCAGUAAAAAUAUAAAGCGAUUGGAGGGGAUGCUUCGAUCCCCGGUCUUCACGCAUCUCAACGCCACUCUUCAUGGCUUGUCAACAAUCCGUGCGUACAAUGCACAGGAAAUCCUCAAGGUAGAGUUCGACAGGUUCCAGGACAGUCACAGUUCGGCUUGGUACAUGUUCAUCGUCACCAGCACCGCAUUUGGCUUUUCCCUCGAUGUCUUCUGUUUCCUCUUUACGACAAUUGUGACGUUUACGUUGCUGUUAGUCAGUGGAUAUUCAGGAUCACAGGUGGGUUUGGCUAUCACGACGGUCAUGUCAAUGACGGGGAUGAUCCAAUGGGGGAUGCGCCAGUCUGCUGAGGUCGCCAACCAGAUGAUGUCGGUGGAGCGAGUCCUUGAGUAUACGUUACUGCCGCCUGAGAGCAAUAUCUGUGACGGCGCUCCGACGAACCGAAAGAAGAAGAAGAAGGCAAAGACUGCUGAGGUUGAGGAGGCGAAGUUGCCAGUUCCGGCGCCGAAGAAUUGGCCAAGUGAGGGCACCAUCAGAUUCAGGUAUGUCUAUAUGAGAUACGCUGACGAGGAUCCGCCGGUAUUAAAGGGCCUGGAUAUGGUGAUCAAGUCCAAGGAGAAGGUGGGCAUCGUGGGACGAACGGGGGCGGGAAAAUCUUCCCUGAUAGCCGCCCUCUUCAGACUGGCCAGGAUCGACGGGAUCAUUGAGAUCGAUGGGGUAGACACUGGGAGCAUAUGUUUGGAGGACCUCAGACAGAGUAUUUCCAUUAUCCCGCAGGAUCCCGUACUCUUCUCCGGGACUUUGAGGAAGAAUCUGGAUCCCUUUAAUGAGUUCAGUGAUGAUGCACUUUGGGCUGUUCUCGAGGAAGUGGAGCUGAAGGAUGUGACUGGAGUUCAUGGGCUAGAUAGUAGGGUCUUUGACAGGGGAACCAAUUUCAGCGCUGGACAGAGGCAACUAGUAUGUCUUGCCAGGGCCAUUUUGAGGAACAAUAAAAUACUUAUGUUGGAUGAGGCGACAGCUAACGUCGAUCCACACACUGACGCCCUGAUUCAGAGAACUAUUAGGACUAAGUUCGCCGACUGCACGGUACUGACGGUGGCCCAUCGGUUGAAUACCAUCAUGGAUAGUGAUAAGGUCCUUGUCAUGGAUCAUGGCCGCUUGGCGGAGUAUGAUCAUCCACAUAUUUUACUCCAGAAUGAACGAGGACAAUUUACUUCUCUCGUUAGGGAAACGGGUCGGGCUAUGUACGAUCAGUUGUCCAGGGUCGCCAGGAGGGCGUAUGAAGAGCGAUAUGGGGAGAGAUUGUGAGAGCACCACGUGAUUUGUCUAGGUAAUUAAAAUAUUUAUUCAGUAAUGCGAUAACAAAUUUGUUGUUCGGGGGAAGAUCGAAGACCCGAUGAGAGGGCAUGUUAUAUCGGAGACAACUUUAGUCUCUAGUCUGGCGAAAUAUUACUGGGAGAUGUUCUUGAAGAGACAUUACAGUGCUUAGAAAUAAUGAAGUACUUAUGUUGGUCAAGACGACUGAUGUCGAUUGACAUACUGCAGCACUCGUUCAGACGAUCAUUAGCACCAAGUUUGGUGAAUGUAUCGAGUCAACACGAUCAUGCAUAGCAUAAGGCCAUUUAAAUGAUUUUGCUGUAAAAUGAACGGAAAUAGAUUAUUUGUCUCGUCGGAGAGACUGGCCGUGCUAUGCAGGUCUCUCGAAAAGGUGCAUGAAGAGCACUGGGGAGAGAUUGUGAGAACUCCAGGCAGGGAAUGUAGAUAAUUGAAAUAAUUGUCUGGUGAUGAGGUGAUAAAACACGAUGAUUUGGAAAAAAGUGUAAAAGACUCAAUUGUAUCAUCGUUUUAUCACGCCGUAUCAGAAUUAUCUCAGGUGUACUUAUAUACCUAAGGCCUUACACUUGUCAAUCAAGUAUUACUUUAAUGGUGCUUGAGAUUAAAUUUUUUAUAAUUAAUGUACAAAUAACUGAAGUGGUAUAAAUCAACUGCAUUAUUCCAAUGCGCUCAUGUGAUUCAUCAGUUUGAAAUUUUUUGAUAUUAAUUUUGUGAGCUUGGCGUACAUCUUCACCAAAGCUCUCUCAUAAUCCGAUACAGAAAUACAUUUCUUGGAUAUUUUUGUAUUAUAGGAUGAAUGUAGAGUAAGAUAAUUGAUAGGAUAGAUACUGUGAGGGAGAAGAAAAAAUCUUCAAUUCAAUGUGACUUAAUUCAUUUAUCAACCUCAUGAAUAUAUUUUAUAUAAUUACUUACAGGAAUACUUAACUGAUAGACUUGAUAGUCAUGUUUUGUCAAUUAUUGUAAAUAAAUACAUUGAAAGAAUAAUUUAUCCAUCAGUUGAUUGAAA